CAUGGCCGAGACCCUUUUCUGGUUGCGCUGCCUGACUAUAUAAAUAUCUUCGCCAGCCUCUCAGCGCGAGCGAGCUCACUUCUUCCUCCUCUCUUCCUGUUCCAUUUCCUAUUUGAUCUCGUCUCCGUUUCUCCGGCCCGGAGAGGAGAAUGAGUUCCCAGAUAUGCAGAGCCGCUUCGAGGAGUGCGAGAACGCUCUUUGCCGCCUCCCGGAACUCGGUUCUCUUCUCCAAAGGGCGGGCAGUGGCAGAGGCAUCUGCUGCUUCUUUCAGAGGAAGGAUGUCUAGACUGGCUUCAGUUUGUCAGCAGAAAGAAGCCAGGAGUACCUUGAGGGCAUGGCUUUCUGGAGCUCUAGUUCUUCCUGCAGCAGUAUAUAUGCUUCAGGAUCAGCCCGCACAAGCUGCUGGGAUGGAGCGCAUUUUUGUUCUUAUCAAGCCCGAUGGGAUGAAAGGACGACGGAUUGCAGAAAUUAUUGCUCAUUUCGAGCGCCAAGGGUUCGAGCUUGUGGCCAUUAAGCUGGUGCUUCCAAAACCAACAAAGGACGUUUGUGAAAAACACUAUCGCCAAUUCAGCGCUAGGGGGUCUUACGUCGAUACGUUAUGCAAAUCUCUCUGCUCAGGUCCCGUUCUUGUAAUGGUUUGGGAAGGGAAGUCUCAAACAAUUGUUGGAGACCUUGCUGUCUUGGCUAAACGGAACAUCAUUGACCGAAGCACUGAUAGUGAAACUGCAAAGUCUUGGAUCGAUCUUUGGUUCAAGUAGGAGAAUAAGCAAAGUCAGUAACCCUGACUUCACCUAGGUCUCUCAAAGUGAGUAAGCAACUGAUUUUCCUUUUGAAUUAUACUGGUUAUAUUUGUCACUGCAAAUGUAUGGUGCCAUAUUGAGUUCUAGCUCUGUGGCUGGGAAUCGAACUUGGAAGUUUGAUGUAAAAAGCCUUCACCACUUAUUACUCAACUCAUUGGUUGAUCAUUUUCCUUUCAAGGGGUUUCUCACUUGGGCAACUUGGUUUUGAUUAACCUAUGAUAAUAUGGUUACUAUCAAAAUUUGCAAAUUAGUAUCUCAUCA